AUGCCAAAGAAGAGAGCUUCCAACGGUAGAAACAAGAAGGGUAGAGGUCACGUUAACCCAGUCAGAUGUGUUAACUGUUCCAAGUGUGUUCCAAAGGAUAAGGCUAUUAAGAGAAUGGCUAUCAGAAACAUUGUUGAAGCUGCUGCCGUUAGAGAUUUAUCUGAAGCUUCUGUCUAUGCUGAAUACGCUUUACCAAAGACUUACAACAAGUUACACUACUGUGUUUCUUGUGCUAUUCACGCCAGAAUUGUUAGAGUCAGAUCCAGAGAAAACAGAAAGAACAGAGCUCCUCCUCAAAGACCAAGAUUCAACAGAGAAAACAAGGUUUCUCCAGCUGAUGCCGCCAAGAAGGCUUUAUAA